AUGCUUCCCAGUGGGAAUCAGACUUCGGAAAUACACGGUCGGGGGAUAAUCAACCUCAAACGCAGUGCCAAAAAGUUUAAGAUCGCUCAACGGUUUCUAGGGAUAGGCCGUGAAACCAGGGGGCAGGAAGGGUGGGAAUUCCUUUCUGUGACGGUAGUUCCAUUCCGUCGCCUCCGUACUCUUGGGCCCCUGGCUGGCAAGCAAGCGACCGACGAAGAAGCAAAGAAAGAUUCGAUUGCAGGGAAAAUCCAUCGGCAUCUUCUCCGUACAAUAUUGUCCAUUGUGUGCAGACCCCCUCGCGUCCUUGGCGGUGGUGGUUUGCCAUCCCCGGAUACGGCGCUUAUUGUCAAGACUGAAGAGUUGAACAAUUGA